CCCGAUAAACUAAAUUCGGAACGAUAUCGGAUUUUAAAAAAAUACGCCCACAAAUUGAUGUCUGCUAGAACAAUAUUGCAUUAUUGGAAUUUGGGACCUUCCAUGUCACAGAAUCAUAUUGUGAUUUGUUAUCAGUAAUAUAUCAUAAUUACCAUAUUCGUAUGUAGCCCUGAAAUGAAAAUGAACCAUUCAUUUCGUGUGAAACUAUCUGUCAAGGCUAGGUCUGCAUCUAGAAAUUAGAAUGUGAAAUGGCAGAACCACAACCAACAACACAAGUGGUUAUUGAACUGUCUGGGGAAAAUGCCUCAGCUACAAAGGAUUGUGAAGUUCAGCAGCAGCAAAUUAACACUAGUCAAAAUACUGACAACCAAAAGAAUGGUCCUGUAGUUCAAAAUGGGCCUGGGGCGAAUGUGAAAGAUACCUUGGAAUUGCCAUCUCCACUUGCAAGAGCACAUUCAAAAGAAUCCCUUAGAUCACAGAGUAGCAUAGAUCAACAAUUAAAAGAAGAGGAUUUGGUACUAGCCACAACAUUAGUAAUAGAUGCCAAGUCUGGUAGAAACUUUCAGUAUAAAACAGAAGCCAACUUUGUAAAGUUUUAUAAUUUGUACCAUUCUUGGGUAUUAAGAUGGUUGUUAUAUCUGUUUAUUGCCAUAGAUCUUGCCUUAGCCAUGUUUGAAAAGCCUGCAAGUCCUGACAUGCUUUGGCCAAUUGGGGCAACAAUGAGUGUAGAAGUUCUUUGUCUACUCUUCUUCCUGUUUAGAUUCUGUCAUGCAGUGUAUUUCAGUAUACCAAGAAUUUUUUGGCGUGAUACUAAAAAUAUAUUGAUUUUAGCCAUUAUUGUUCUAACAUUUUUGGACAUGAUAUGUUUCCUAAUAUGGGAUAAUGUAGCACAUGAUACAAACCCUAUUAGAUGGUCUAGACCUCUUCGUCCACUGUUUAUCAUCAACUUCUCAGAUGGAAAACAGAUAAGAAGAGCAUUUCGUAAUAUAAGAAGAACUGUCCCUGAAAUACUCAAUAUCUUAGUUUUAUUUUUUCUAAGUAUUGCUCUGUUUGCCUUGCUGGCUUUGAAAUUAUUCAAUAAACGUAAUCUAACAUAUCCGGAUGGAACACCGUAUUUCAAAGAAUUUUUUGACAGCAUAUGGGACCUUUAUGUUUUAGUUACAACUGCCAAUAACCCUGAUGUCAUGAUGCCAGCCUACGACGAGAGUAACUGGUUUGCAUUUUUCUUCAUCAUUUACAUUAUUAUUUGUUUAUACAUAUUCAUGAGCAUAAUUUUAGCUGCAAUUUACUACAACUACAGGAAUAACUUGAAGAAUGAAAUAAGAGCCUCUGUGUAUGGAAAAAGAAAGAAAUUGGGUGAAGCAUUUGAACUUCUGAAGGUUGACAAAGGUGGAAAUGAGAUGGUAGUCACUUAUCAAACAUGGUGUCGUUUAUUGAAAAAAGUAAUACCAAAGAAAAGUCAGGCACAUAUAGACCUCUUGAUGAAAAUACUUGAUACAGAUAUGAACCAUCAAAUAGAGAGAAAAGAAUUUCUCAAACUAGCAGACCUCUUGCAACUUGAACUGACAGAAGUUACUGAUAGAAUGACAUUUUUAGAGAGAUAUAUUCCAACUAUUUACAACUCAACUAUCAGUAGAGGACUGAAAAUAGGUGUGAGGCAUAAAGCUUUCCGUUAUUUCUUUGAUUUCCUGAUCUUUGUGAAUGCCUGGUUCAUUGGAUUUGAUGUUGACAAAGCAGAUUGGUUCUUCCUUGCCAUGUUUACUGUAGAAAUACUUCUUAAGCUCUACACAUUUGGACCAAAAGAAUUUUUUGUUCGAUUUUGGAACUCAUUUGACUUUCUGGUGGUGUUUUCAGCUGUGAUAGCCUCAGCUAUAGAGGCUGCAGAAGGGGCAUCAAGAGAAGAAUUUAAAACAUUAGAUUUACUGCUGGUGUUGAGAGUUCUCAGACUUGUAAAGAUUUUUGGAAGCAUACAGAGGUUUAAAGUUGUAUUGCAGACAAUUAUAAAUAUUGGACCAUCUAUAUUUACCUAUGGUGGUGUCAUAUUUGUAUUUUACUAUAUCUUUGCCAUCAUUGGGAUGGAAAUAUUUAGUGGGAAGUUUGAUUAUUAUGGAUAUGAGACCAAGGAAGGAGACGAGAGCCAUUUCUGUGGUAAUCCUAAACUCAAUGGUACAGCUUUCUUCCAAUUUCAGUACUGUAACAACAACUUUAAUGAUUUCUUAAAGUCUCUAGUCAUUUUGUUUGAGCUUACUGUUGUCAAUCAGUGGCAUGUGAUUGCAUCUGGUUUUGUGGCUGUCACCAGUAAGGCUGCUAGAAUCUACUUCUUUAUGUUUCAUUUAACCUGUGUUGUUAUUGUUCUCAAUAUUUUCAUUGCAUUCAUCUUGGAAGCAUUCAUUUUGGAGUAUACUAUAGAUAAAUCAGGAAUACUGGAAUCUUGUGUAGAAAGUAAAAUAAAAGAGCUAGGACUAGGCAUUGGGCAGGGUACCAGAAAGACAAAUGCCCAGGAGCUACAGAAGGAUGAUACAGAACUGGUUCCCAACGAGCAAUUACCAGAGCCUUCCCUAGACAAUGAUGCUGAAUCAGACACAGACAGUAUACCAGAUUUAUCAAUAGAAACUGGGUUAAAGUUCCAUUUGAAAAAGAAAAGUCGUAAGAAGGUGGAGGUUUUACUGCAGCAAAUGUUUGAAGGAGAAAUAGACCCAGAAGAUGAUGGCCACAAUUUUGAUGAAGAUGAAAAUAAUGUUGUACCAAGGAAAUUAACUUUAGAUAAUGUUUCAUAAUAGUCUGCAGUUUGUUUUCUGCUUUUACUGUAGAAACUUUUUACUAAGUGUGUGAAGUGCUUGAUUAUCAAGCAAUGAAAUGUAUGCCAUGCUUAAAUACAGGUGUUUGUAGUGUUGUAUUAUCAUCAGUGAUAUUUGAUGAUAUUGUUUUCAAAUAUUUUUAAUAACAGUUUGCUCUUACAACAUUAUUGUUUACCUACUGUCAUCAAUAUAACUUUGCAUACUUAAAAAGAGCCUAAAAUGUGUGUUUCUGUAGCUAGGACUGUCAUGACUGACUUUUAUUUGCCAAGUAACAAUAUAUGAAAGGGAGACUGGGAUACAUAGUUCCCAGGAUGAGAAUUCUUUGGUCCAAAUUUUGUCUAAAAUGACCAGAAUCUGAUAUGGAAAAUUUCAAACACACAGUAACAGGCAAUAAAAACUUUUAACUCAAGUAGUUGAGACUCAUUUGUAGAUUCAUUUCCAAUAUUAGGUAAAAAUAGGGUGUUUGAUGUUUAAAGUAUACUGCAGUGAAAACCAAUUAAAUAUGUUGUUGUAGUAUUUAAACUAUUUACAAAGCUAAAAGAUGCUGGGUGAAUCAAUAUUACAUACAAUGAAUAAAAUUCUGAGGAUGUGUUUACAAAAAACUGUACCCAUUAAUUGAAUUCAUGAAAAGUUCAGCAUAAUUUAUAACCAAUUUACCGGUAUACUAGUAACAUUGCUUGUGGAAAGAGUAUCUGAUAUUUGAAGCAUUUGUGAAUAGCAAUUGUGCUACAAGAUAAAACAAAUUGUAAGGAAGGGCACACGCAAUUGCAUAUUCUUUAUCUGAUAUGUCAACAGACAUUAAGUGUUGUUGUAUACACAAAUAGUAAAGGUCAAACUAAUAUAUUCAUGAAAUAUUGGGCAUUUAUGUUUAGUGAACAACUAUUAAUUGGUAACAGUUCUUUUGGACUUUAAAUGUGAUAACGUGAUUGAUGUAUAUUUGUAUUUAUUUUAACAGUCUCCCCUAUUGAUUUUUCAGAGCAAAUUGGUUCAAACUUAAUUCAUGGAAAAUUUACAUUUUCACAUUUGGAACAAUAACUCUAGAUUUCUGUUACCAUUCACAUAAUAUUAUGGAACUAACUUUUUCUUUACUAUUUAUUAUAUAUUUUACAUAAUUAUAGUGUUGGGGAAGAUUUGUAUAUGUACUAAUGGCACAUUUACAUUCACACAAAUGGCUGUUGUUAUUUAAGUAGCUGUCAAUUGUUGAAAUUUCUUACAGGAAACAAUACUCAUAUGUGUCAAACGGACCAGUUAUGUCCUUACUGUUUCAGAAACGCUUUGGUCAAACCCAGAGUAAAUAAACAAACGUUUAUAUGUAAGUCAUAACAUGCUUAGUAUUAUUGGUAGUCAUAUUAGUUGAAAGUUUUUUCUUUAUCAAAUUUGUUUGUUUUGUCAAUAUAUGUUAAAGUCUUAUUCAAUAUAGUAUUAUCUAUUUGUUGACAAAACUCAAAUAUUGUUGUAAAUUUGUGGAUUUAUUGUUGUUGUUUUUUUUAUAAUUUUAUGAUAGCUAUGAAAGUGAUAAAAAUAAUGCCAUGGAAAAAUGACACAUUCCUGAAAUAUGAUAUUAAUAAACUGCAGAAACAAAAAAACAUAUAUUGACCAACAAUAUUGCCAAAAAUUGGAUAUUAAGGGUAAUUAAAACACAUUUAUAAUGUAUAAAACACCUGUACAUUUUCCUUCCACUGUGUUUCUGUUCAUAUAACAUGUUCAGAUAUAUUUGAGUAUACUAUUGAUUAUGGAUUAAAUUUUUAUAGUUGCAAUCAUUUUAUUUAUGUUUGAAUUCACUUUGUUUGAACAAACAUAAAAUAUUCAUGUGCUAAAAUGCUCUAGCUACUUUGAAACCAUGUAAACAUAAUUGAGCUCAUUACUUUUCUUACUAAAUACAAUUAAACACAAACACCAUUUAUGGAUACUGAAUUGCAAUGUGAACAGCUCAAACUUUUAUUUUAAAACACAAAUACAUCCCCUGUCUCAAAGCCUCUAACAAUAACACUCAAGAAACUGCUUGGCAGAAUCCUUCAAGUGUCACGUAACAAGACAUCAGUUUGUUAAAAGUUUUGACCAAAAGAAUAGUUUGAUAAAACAAAUUGAAAUUUUGUCAGAAUCUUUAAUAACCAGUAAACCAGUUAGAAGUCUACAUCUGUGAUUUGUUCUUAUGUAAACUAUAUAGUUUUUAAUAAAUAUUAAAGGGAUAUUGUCCUUCAUUUUUAUCAAUGCCUGAUGAUACAAAAUUCUUUAUAAAUGAUAUCCCUUAGACUUUUUACAUAUUUAUAAAACUUACCGGUAAUCAUUGUAGAUAUUGCUGUUAUCUUUUGUAAAGAAAAAUAUAUUCAGAUAGUGAAAUAGUUAUUGCAUUUAAUUUGUUUAUUUAAUGUAAUUUUAUUUGUUUAUGCUUGAAAUUAAUGAAGAAAAAAGAAUUACAUGCAGUGCAAUAUAUUUUUAUCACAAUGUUAUUUGAUUUUUUUAUUUGUUUUCUGCAUCUUUUCUUGUUUUAAAGUUAUUUUGAUAUUCAACUGAAAAAAGUAUAGUGUUAGGCAUUGCCAUCAUGUGCACAUCCAUAUACCAGGUCUAACAGUACAUCAUUAAGUUAAAAGGGUUGCUGGGUAUUUUUUUUUUAUGAAGAGGACUUGUAUAAAUAUUCUCUUAUGAAGCCAGCUGCCUUAUUUGAAGAAAUAGUAUUGUAUGCACGAAUAGUCCAUAUGAUUUGCAAACUUUCUGGCAACAUGCAA